CGGGGCUGGGGGGGGGUCCCGGGGGGGAUAAAAGCGCCCCUGGGGGGUCCCGGUCCCACCGCUCCCCCCCGCGCCCGGUACCGGCCCCGACCCCGACCCGGCCCCGCUGAGAGACCCAGUGCCACCAUGCCCUUCAGCAACACCCACAACAAGUACAAGCAGAAGUUCUCGGCCGAGGAGGAGUUCCCGGACCUGUCCAAGCACAACAACCACAUGGCCAAGGUGCUGACCCCCGCCCUCUACGCCAAGCUGCGCGACAAGGAGACCCCCAGCGGCUUCACCCUCGACGACGUCAUCCAGACCGGCGUGGACAACCCCGGCCACCCGUUCAUCAUGACCGUGGGCUGCGUGGCCGGUGACGAGGAGUCCUACGAGGUCUUCAAGGAGCUCUUUGACCCCGUGAUCCAGGACAGGCACGGGGGCUACAAACCCACCGACAAGCACCGCACCGACCUCAACCACGAGAACCUCAAGGGCGGGGAGGACCUGGACCCCAAGUACGUGCUGAGCAGCCGCGUGCGCACCGGCCGCAGCAUCAAGGGCUACUCGCUGCCCCCCCACUGCAGCCGCGGCGAGCGCCGCGCCAUCGAGAAGCUGUCAGUCACAGCCCUGAACAGCCUGGAGGGGGAGUUCAAGGGCAAGUACUACCCGCUGAAGGCCAUGACGGAGCAGGAGCAGCAGCAGCUCAUCGACGACCACUUCCUGUUCGACAAGCCCGUGUCGCCCCUGCUGCUGGCCUCGGGCAUGGCCCGCGACUGGCCCGACGCCCGCGGCAUCUGGCACAACGACAACAAGACGUUCCUGGUGUGGGUGAACGAGGAGGAUCACCUGCGCGUCAUCUCCAUGGAGAAGGGAGGGAACAUGAAGGAGGUGUUCCGGCGCUUCUGCGUCGGCCUCAAGAAGAUCGAGGAGAUCUUCAAGAAGGCCGGGCACCCCUUCAUGUGGACGGAGCACCUGGGCUACAUCCUCACCUGUCCCUCCAACCUGGGCACGGGGCUGCGCGGCGGCGUCCACGUGCGCCUGCAGCACCUGAGCCAGCACCCCAAGUUCGAGGAGAUCCUCAAGCGCCUGCGCCUGCAGAAACGCGGCACAGGCGGGGUGGACACGGCCGCGGUGGGCGCCGUGUUCGACAUCUCCAACGCCGACCGCCUGGGCUUCUCGGAGGUGGAGCAGGUGCAGAUGGUGGUGGACGGCGUCAAGCUGAUGGUGGAGAUGGAGAAGAAGCUGGAGCAGAAGCAGCCGAUCGACGACAUGAUCCCCGCCCAGAAAUAGGGGAGGGGGCUCCGCGGGGACCCCCUCCCACCCCGAGCCUCUCCAGAGGGGAGGGGGCGCCCAGGGGACCCCCCGAGAUCCCCCCGAGCCCCCCCAGAGCGGCCCCAAUAAACGCUGCUGGUCCCGGC